GCUGCCCGCCCUUCAGCGAGGGGCUGGCUCUGCGGGGGAGCCGAGCGCGCAGGCACGAGGCGGAGGCGGAGGCAGAGGCAGAGGCGCAGGCGGCUCCCGGCAGCGGUUCCCCUCCCACUCGCUCGCACAUGCUGCCGAGCCGCUGUCGCAGCCGACACCGCCAGCUGGAGCCGCGCUUCCUCAGCUGCUGACCUUCCUCCUCGCCUGCAGUCCCCGGCCCUUCGCCUUCGCUCGCGGGUGGGCAGGGAAUGCUCGAGCCCUUCUCGGCGGCCGCUUCCGCCGGGACGCUUCGCGGGGAGCUCAGCCAUGAACCCUCAGUGCGCCCGCUGUGGCAAAGUCGUCUAUCCGACCGAGAAAGUCAACUGUCUGGAUAAGUAUUGGCACAAAGGAUGUUUCCAUUGCGAGGUCUGCAAAAUGGCUCUAAACAUGAACAACUACAAAGGAUAUGAGAAGAAACCCUAUUGCAAUGCGCACUACCCAAAGCAGUCCUUCACUACAGUGACAGACACACCUGAAAACCUUCGAUUGAAACAGCAGAGUGAAUUGCAAAGUCAGGUCAAAUACAAACGAGACUUUGAAGAAAGCAAAGGAAGAGGUUUCAGCAUUGUAACUGACACACCAGAAUUGCAAAGACUGAAAAGGACUCAGGAACAAAUCAGUAAUGUCAAAUAUCAUGAGGAUUUUGAGAAAACGAAAGGCAGAGGAUUUACUCCAAUAGUGGACGAUCCUGUGACUGAACGAGUGAGAAGAAAUACCCAGGUGGUUAGUGAUGCUGCCUAUAAAGGUGUUCACCCACAUAUAGUUGAAAUGGAUAGGAGACCUGGAAUAAUUGUGGCCCCUGUGCUUCCUGGGGCAUAUCAGCAAAGUCAGCCCCAAGGAUACGGUUACAUGCACCAGACUAGUAUGUCAUCUAUGAGAUCAAUGCAUUCACAGCCACAUUCAGCUAACUUGAGGACAUACAGAGCUAUGUAUGACUAUAGUGCCCAAGAUGAAGAUGAAGUUUCCUUCAGAGAUGGUGACUACAUCAUUAAUGUGCAACCAAUUGAUGAUGGUUGGAUGUAUGGUACUGUUCAGAGAACUGGGAAAACUGGAAUGCUUCCAGCAAAUUAUAUUGAGUUUGUUAAUUAAUGUCCUUCCAUUAGUCCUUCUGAGCUUUAUUUUGAUUUACCUAAUCUUUACAAAAGUACUUUUAAGACAACAUCUUCAUUACUUCCCUGUUAAUGUAACCAUUUGUGCUCAUAUGCUGAAGUCAACACACAGGUCCUCUGAGAAAACCAAGAAGCACGGAGCUCCAAAAGCACGCUGCUUAAAAUGAUCUUAAAACAGUCAGUGGAAAAUGGAAACCUGGUGCUUGUAAUCAUGUAGAGGUUUCUAUCAGUUAGCUCCCAAACAGAAUUCUGCCAUUACAGUAGGCUGUAUUUCUCAUUUAAAUUAUAACCACAAAGCAGCUGUUUUUUUAUCAUGCGACUUUGACAUUGUAAGAGGCUAUAGCUGGUUAUAGUUUGAGCCAUUAAAAAUCCGAGUGAACUGAUUUUUAUUUUAUUUUUGUCGUGAUGAGUGACAUGAUCAGAAGUUGCUUAAUACUGCCUGGCAGCCUUAAACAAAAUGUACCUUGUUCAUAAUGUUGAAAAAUUAUUGAUACACAAUUGUCCAUUCUACUGUAUUCUUCCCUGAUCUCUUGUUUGCUGUCAUCUGUAAUCCCAUUCCCAACUCAUGUCAGUCUUCCCAAACCACCAGUUGUGAAUGAUCUCUGAAUCAUGACAUUGUUGUGCCUUUUUGCACAGCUAGAGACAAUUUUAGAAUGCAUUUGUUGAUUCCUAUCUUUUCUAUUUUGUUAAAUCCAACCUUUUUCUAUUUUCCCUUGUACUAACAUUGUUUAUAUACAAAUGACUAUCUUCAAGGCACUUUACAAAUAACCUCUAUCUCUAAUCUCUCCUUUUGUCAAGAGUCUGUCUUGGGAAUCUUACAAUACAGAGUAUUUUGAAAAUGAGUGGCUAUAUCCUUUACUUCUAGUGUAAAGGAUUGGUUGCAGAAAUUACUUCAUGAAUUUGGGCUUGGAUUUGGGACUUGAUUGGCACACUGUGUGAUUUACCCCCCUGCCCAUCUCCAGCCAGGCUUAGUUGAAGAAAAGAUAAAUAGAUAUUUUUAGUAGAUUGCCAUCCUUGAGAAUAUAACUCAUGAAUUUCUUCAGCAAUCAAAGCAUGUCAUCCAUCUGAUAACUUUGCUUUCACAAAAUGGUGAAAAAUAACAAAAACAUUUUUCCAGCAUUAAAAAAGCACGAUGUCCGUUGGCUUUAGUACUACUAUCUUUAGCAUCUUGGGUCUAAUUUAAAUUAAUGGAGUAACAAAACACUUCUUAGUGAUUUUAGGAAUUGGUGAGCGCUGGUGUAGCAUGUGGCUAAGAGACAGGCAGAGCAACUCAAAGGGGAACAGAAGGAGAGAUUUGCCACAGAGAUACCAUGGCAUCCAGAGCCCUGUUGGCAUACAAGUGGCCAGGGCAAAGGGUGGGAAGGGCGAUUUGCUGCUGGAUUCCCCCCCCAACAGUUCUCCUUUUAGUUCCCCUUUUAUUGAAAUCAAUGGGAGGGGAAACACCUAUGCCUGCUUAUGGCUGUGUAGAUGAAGGAGUUUGAUCAUGGAGUCUCAUGGGGGAAUGGAAGGGCUCUGGAUCCCGUGGAUCUAAAGCUGCCCCUGGAACACACCAUUUCAAGGCCUACCAUUAGAACAAUGGUGGCAGUAGAUUUAUAUACUCCAUGGAGCUUUCCAUGGGGGCAACUUGGGCCUCCAGAGCAGAUGUGACACCCACAGCAUCUUAACUCCUCUGAGAACCGUGUUCAGAUGACAUGCUAAGCCAUGGCGAUUAAGUAUUUUGAGCUAAACAUUAUGGCUUAGCGAGUUGUGUGAACCAUGAGUUAGCGUGUCAUGAGAACCAUUCCUACCCAUGAUGGCUACGUAACCAUAGUUUAAACUCACUGACCAUUUGCUGCAAAAGGGCUAGUGGCCUAACCAUGGCUUAGAGUGUUAUCUGAACAGGCCCAAGAAGUCUGCAGUUCAAAUAUCUCCUCUAGCACAAACUCAAUAAUUGACCAUAGAUAAGGCCC